AUGCAACGUCCCGGUUUAGAGUUUGGUUGCUCUCGGGAAAUGUUCUCGUACGGGAAGUGGGAAUGUUAUUUACAGUUUGCUGAAGAAUCCAGUAGUGUAUUCUUGAUAAUAUGUACGUCAGAUCAUGUUCUAUUCUGGAAAUGCUAUUGUAUGUGGGAAAUUGAUAUCUACUUGUUAGCGAUGCCCGAAAUUAAAAUAGUUCCACUUGGUGCGGGACGAGACGUUGGUAGAAGUUGUAUCUUGGUAUCCAUUGGCGGUAGAAAUGUAAUGCUUGACUGUGGUAUGCAUAUGGGUUAUUCCGAUGAACGACGAUUUCCUGAUUUCUCUUUUAUUAGUGGUGGUGGGUCUUUAACGGAAUUCGUUGAUUGUGUCAUCAUAACUCACUUUCAUUUGGAUCACUGUGGCUCGCUUCCUCAUAUGAGUGAAGUUGUUGGCUACGAUGGGCCAAUUUAUAUGACGUAUCCAACCAAAGCAAUUGCACCUGUGUUAUUGGUAAUCGCGAUAAAUAUACAUGAGAAAAUCGAUGUAGAUAAUGAAUUAUCGAUACGAGCUUUUUAUGCGGGUCAUGUGCUUGGUGCUGCAAUGUUUCAAAUUGUGGUCGGCUCUGAAAGUGUUUUAUACACAGGAGAUUUUAAUACAACACCUGAUCGACAUCUGGGUGCUGCGCGUGUUGAACCAGGCCUCAAGCCUGACAUACUAAUAUCAGAAAGCACUUAUGCGACAACCAUACGAGAUUCAAAACGUGCUCGCGAACGAGAUUUUUUGAAAAAGGUUCAUGACACUGUAUCGAAUGGUGGAAAGGUCUUAAUCCCGGUUUUUGCUCUUGGUCGUGCACAAGAAUUAUGUAUUUUACUAGAAUCGUACUGGGAGCGGAUGAAUCUGAAGUACCCAAUAUUUUUCUCACAGGGAUUAGCAGAGAAAGCUAAUCAGUAUUAUCGCUUAUUUAUCAGUUGGACAAAUGAAAAGAUCAAGAGAACAUUUGUUGAACGAAACAUGUUUGAUUUCAAGCAUAUUAGACCCUUCGAGCAAUCUUAUAUUGACAGUCCUGGUCCAAUGGUACUUUUCAGCACGCCGGGCAUGUUGCAUGGUGGGCAGUCUUUACGAGUUUUUACAAAAUGGUGUUCAGAUGAGAAAAAUUUAAUCAUCAUGCCUGGCUUUUGCGUUGCUAAUACGGUUGGAGCGAAAAGGGAAAUUAAUUUGGGAGUCGAAUAUAUGUCAUUCAGUGCGCAUGCUGACGCGAAAGGCAUAAUGCAGCUUAUCCGUGAUUGUCAACCAAGAAAUGUUAUGUUUGUGCAUGGUGAAGAUGCAAAAAUGGAGUUCUUAAAAGAAAAAGUAGAGAAGGUAUUCAAACCGGCAAAUGGUGAAACAGUUACAAUUGAAACUCCUUUAAAUAUAUGUCUGAAUAUUCCCGUGCAAAUAAUAGAUCGAUGUAUUAAUUUGGAUCCCACACCAAGCAAGCGCUUUUGUCCUUUCCGUGCUUUCUUGGCUAUGGAUAAACAGACAAAUCAGUUGGAAGUUAUGACACCAGAAGCAGCAGCACGACAGCUGGGCAAAUGCUUGCAUACUAUUGCCUUUGGUGAAACUGUAGAGGUUGAUCAUGUAAAUUGGAAAGUUUUUGCUGCUAAAUUGAAAGUAUACGAUCCUAAUUUGCAAGUGAAAGAGGAUGGUAUAGAAAUGUUUAAUGGUGAGGUCACAUUGAUAUCAAUACCGGGUGAUUCAAAACAUGUGAAAGUAGUCUGGGAUGAAAUUCGUGAAAAAUGGUCUGAAGAAAUUAUCACUGCACUUAAGGAAAAAGCACAUUCUUUCCAAGGCUCUUAA